AUGUCUGAGAACAAACAGGAAGAUCUGGGCAUGUCUAAGGUCGAGAUGAUCGAAGCUCGCACUGACAAAGAUGGUUCUCCGCCCAAUGAACUGCAGCAAGAAUUGCACGGCACAGCAGAGGAGAAAACCACUGUCAAGGCCUGGUUGUCGAUCUUUUUUCUUGCCCUGUCUUUCGGUGGCCCUUUUUGGGCCACACCGACAACUGCAGCUAUUGCUUCACAGCUAUUAGCCAAAUUUGGCCAGGUCGAGCUCGCUGCCUGGGUGGUGCCCUGUAUCACCACCGCCGCUGCUGUUUCGAUUCUUCUCUUUGGAGCCAAUUCCGAUCUGUUCGGCCGCCGAUACUUUCUCCUCGCGGCGAACGUCAUGACCGCUAUCGGCUAUAUCAUCUGCGCUCUUGCUAACUCUACGUCCAUGCUCAUUGCUGGGCUUGUAUUCAACGGCGUGGGAAGCGGAAUUUGCGGCAUUGCCCUCAUCGCCGUACCCGAGCUGAUCCCGAACCGAUAUCGUCAUAUCGGUGUGGUGCUGGCUGAUGCUGUCGUUUACAUCAUGAUUGUCAUUGGGCCCAUCGCGAGCCGAUAUGCUAUUAUCCACCCAGGUGAUGCUUGGCGGUUCCUUUACUGGGCUGGGUUUAUUGUGGAAGUUGUUGCCACCGUCGGGCUUUUCUUUCUCUACCAUCCUCCUAAGCAUCCACGCGGUAUUCCCUGGAAGGAGGCACUCCGUGGUCUUGAUUGGAUUGGUGGCGUCUUGUUCACCAUUGGCGCUGUUCUUGUCCUCUCUGGGAUUGUCAACACAUCAUACCUAAAGAGCACCAGCCCUAAGGUUCUCGUAUGUCUCUGCGUCGGUUUUGUAGUGAUAAUCGUGUUUGGCGCGUGGGAGAAGUUUGGACGCGUCAAGUACAAGCUCUGUCCGCCUGAGAUCUUCACGAGUCAUCGCGGCAGGGAGUUUACAGUGCCAUUCUUCCUGACAUUCAUCCUGGUCGGAUUCUUCUACGGGACUGCAGUAAUCUAUCCUACAAUGCUAAAUUCAUUCUAUAUCGGACCGACCACCUCGGUCUCAGAAGAAUUGCUUCUUACGCUGCCGAACAGUUUGCCUAUUCCUAUCGGUGCCACAUUACUGUCCGUAUUCGGGAAUAAGAUUGGACAUUGGAAGUGGCAGAUGGUAGUAUCUACGUUCUCUCUCGUCCUAUGGGGGAGUCUCUUGGCGAUGAUAACCCCUAACAACAAGGCGAUCAUUGUCACAUUUGUCGCGUUGUGCCAGGCAUCUUACGGCUGGUCAGUGUACUUGUCAGUCACAUACACUCAGCUGGGCGUUCCUCAGGAAAUGCUCGGUGUAUCCGGCGGCCUGGCUGGAACGGCACGAUAUGCCGGAGGUGCGGUUGCAGCUGCAUGCUACUCCAGUGCUAUUGCCAAUGGUAUUGCGACUAAAGGUGCAGAGAUCAUUCCCCGGGCCGCGCUGGAUGCAGGAUUACCAGCGAAUCUGGUUCCCCAGGUGCUAGCUGCGGCUUCACAGGGUGCGGCUGCGCUCUCCAAAAUCCCAGGCGUAAGCCAAGAGGUAAUCGAUGCUGUUGGCACAGCGUACAAAAACGCUGCUCUGGCAUCGAUGGCCUUCGGCGUCGUGGGAAUCAUCUUGGCACUCCUGUGCGAGGGUAUCGAAUCCAAGAUGACCAAGAAGAUUGAAGUCUUCCUUGAGAACGACGCGUUUGCCGAUAAGAACAAGUAUCAUUGA